AUGAAAGGCUUUUCCUUCUUGUUUCUUUCCACCAUUUCUACUUUCUUCUUAACCUCAGCAGCAAUAAGCACCAUUUCUGCAACCGGCAACAUCACCGACGCCGGCGGCCACACCAUUGUUUCCGAUGACCAAAACUUCGUUCUCGGAUUCUUCAGUCCGACCAACGAUUCGACCAAUCGGUAUCUGGGAAUUUGGUACAACAAGAUACAGAUCAGAACGGUCGUGUGGGUUGCGAAUCGAGAAACUCCGAUUUCCGAUACUUCUGGCGUGUUUCUACUCGAUGACCAAGGAGUUCUGAUGAUCGUUAAUCGUUCGAAUAGCAUGAUUUGGUCAUCGAACUCGUCGGUAUCUAGAACUAGAAACAAUCGAGUUGUAGCACAGCUUCUGGAUACCGGAAAUCUAGUGAUCAGAAACGAAAACGACAUUGAUCCCGAGAACUACUUCUGGCAAAGUUUCGAUUAUCCGGGUGAUACUUUCCUACCAAAUAUGAAAUUCGGGAUAGAUUUUAGAAAAGGUCUAGAAAAAUAUCUAACGGCAUGGAAGAGCGUCGAUGAUCCGUCUCCAAGUGAGUUUACGAAUGGAUUUGAUUCCGAUGGAUACCCACAAAUUCUUCUUAGAAAAGGUUCGGUUUUGCAGUACAGUUCCGGGCCAUGGAAUGGUUUACGGUUUAGUGGUAUGCCGAAUUUGCAAACAAACGACAUUUAUACGUUUAGGUUCGUGUAUGAUGACGAUGAACUUUACUACACUUACGAGCUUGCUAAUAGUUCGAUUGUGUCGAGAAUGAUUCUAAGUCCAGAGGGAAGUAUACAGCGGCUCAUAUGGAUCGAACAAAAGCUAGAAUGGAAUCUUUACCUGACCGCACAGAUGGAUAAUUGCGACCGUUAUGGAUUAUGCGGUGCAUAUGGUAUCUGUAACAUUGCGGAAUCCCGAGCUUGUGAGUGUUUGCGCGGAUUCGAGCCACGAUUCACAGAUGAAUGGAGAACAACAUAUUGGUCUAAUGGGUGUGUUAGAAAAGCCGAGUUGAACUGCGAAGGUGGUGGAGACGGGUUCGUGAAACAAUCGGGUGUGAAGUUGCCGGAUACGAGGAAAACUAGGUUUAAUAGAACGAUGAAUCUUGACGAAUGUAGAGCCGAAUGCUUGAAGAACUGCAACUGUACAGCUUAUGCAAAUCUAGAUGUUAGAUCAGGAGGAAGCGGAUGUUUGCUUUGGUUCGAUGAUCUGGUCGAUAUCCGAGCGUAUUCCGUAGACGGUCAAGAUAUCUACUUAAGAAUGGCUGCUUCGGAAUUAGAUCAGGAUGCUAAAGCAAAGAGACGAGUGAGAAUUAUCGUCAUUCCGGUACUGGUGACGGUGGCCGUGCUUUUGGUUAUAUGCUUGUUUGUUUUCAGGUGGAGGAAGCAGAAGAAGAAAGGCGUAACUAGUGUCGUUCGUGAACGCAACUUUACCAAUGAGAACGAGACGAAAGAUUGGGAAUUGCCGUUGUUCAACUUCAACACGAUAGCCGAUGCAACAAACAACUUUUCAGACGACUUUAAGCUCGGAGAAGGUGGCUAUGGGCCUGUCUACAAGGGAAAGUUGGAGGAAGGUAAAGAAAUCGCGGUGAAGAGGCACUCGGUAAAAUCAAACCAAGGACUAGACGAGUUCCAAAACGAGGUUCAGUGUAUCGCUAAACUUCAACACCGAAAUCUCGUGAAGCUUCUCGGAUGCUGCAUCGAGGAAGGAGAAAGGAUGUUGAUCUACGAAUACAUGCCGAAUAAAAGCUUGAAUUCUUUCAUUUUCGAUCAAGAAAAAAGACGGUCAUUGGAUUGGUCAAAGCGCUACAAUAUUAUCGUCGGGAUUGCGAGGGGACUUCUGUAUCUGCAUCAAGAUUCCAGAUUACGAAUCAUUCAUAGAGAUCUAAAAGCUAGUAACAUCUUACUAGAUAAAGACAUGAAUCCUAGGAUUUCAGACUUUGGCUUAGCAAGAGGUUUGGAAGGAAGUGACACUAAAGCAAAUACUAAAAGAGUAAUGGGGACAUAUGGUUACAUGUCACCCGAGUAUGCAAUUGAUGGAAUAUACUCUACGAAAUCAGACGUCUUCGGCUUCGGCGUGUUGGUGCUGGAGAUCAUAAGUGGAAAGAAAAACCGAGGAUUUCGUCAUGCGGAUCAUGAUCUCAAUCUUCUUGGACAUGUGUGGAGGCUGUACAAGAACGGGAAACAUUUGGAGCUAAUUGAUGGCAUGAUGAAGGGUACGUGUGUGGAGUCGGAAGUGAGGCGAGCGAUUCAUAUAGGUUUAUUAUGUGUCCAGAAAUAUCCGGAAGACCGACCAGACAUGCCGUUGGUGAUUCUUAUGCUCGGUAGCGAAAUCCCGUUACCCGAACCGAUACAACCUGGUUUUUAUACCGAUAGACGGAGGCCACAAGAAGGAGAGUCUUCAUCUAGUAAUUAUCUUGAAUGGAGUUCAUCCAAUCGCUUAACCGUCACUUAUUUGCAACCUAGAUAG